AUGACUGAGGAGGGACAACAAAAAGGGUUGUUGAAUGACACGUUGCCACAAGACGAAGUUGAGUAUAAAGAUGACCCGACUGGAUCGAAUGGGAUAUUUGGGACGAUGUUUAAUUUAGCGAACACCAUCAUCGGCAGUGGCACUUUAGCGAUUCCAUUGGCUUUCCAAUUUUCUGGGUAUGUAGGUGGCCCUGUCUUGUUAUUAGUAGCGUGGUUUUUGUCUGCAUUUGCGAUGUAUUUGCUGACAUAUGUCUGUGUGAAAACGCACAUGUGGACAUAUAAAGAAAUCUCCGAGAAGAUUGGUGGGAAGUGGUUGUCCUAUUUAGUCCAGAUCUCUAUUUUUUGUUAUACGACUGGGACAUGUAUUGCUUACCCCAUUUUCUUGGGCGGGUUUAUGCCACAUAUCUUCUCUACGUUUGCGCCACGCACGAUAUUAGUCGAUCGACACUUUGAUAUCAUGAUCAUUGGGUUUUGUGUAGUGUACCCCUUGUCUAUGUUCAAGAAUUUGAGUGCUUUGAAGUACGCAUCUUUGCUCUGUUUGGUGUGUGUGAUUUACACGACCAUCACUACUAUUAUAGAGACCUUCACAACUUAUUUUGACAACUUUGAAAACAACCCCCCAGUAUGGUUCAAUGCAGAUAUACAGUUUUUGAGAGGAUUUCCAUAUAUGACGUGUGCGUUCACUGCACAUUAUAACGUCUUGCGAUUUUAUUCUGAAUUGAAAGGGCGAAGUAUCAAGAAGAUGAACUUGAUAGUAUUGGUCUCAACUUUUGUAAGCUUUUUGGUUUACUUACUCAUCGGGUUGUUUGGGUACUUCUCUUUGAAUCCAAAUUUGACGGGAAACAUUUUGGUCGAUUACCCUACUAGUGAUAUCCCAAUGUUUAUCGCCUGCAUUUCGUUCUGUUUGGUCAUGUCACUGUCAUUCCCAUUGGUCCACCACGCACAAAGAGAUAUCUUCGACAAGUUGGUCUUUGCUGGAUGGGAAGAUUCACAAGUCAGAAGAGUCUCCCUCUCACUCAUUUUGAUUUCUGUUUGUAUGUUCUUGGCUGCCGCUGUCGAGCAGAUUUCAACCGUGUUGGCUUACAAUGGAUCCAUCUUCGGGUCACUUGUUGUUUACAUCUUCCCCUCCGUCUUUGCUUUCAAAGUCGCUAAAGGACCAUUAAAGUGGAUAUCUUUAGGAAUUUUCAUUAUUGGAAUUAUUAUGGGUGGAAUUGGUCUUGGGAUUACUAUAGCCAAUCAGUUCAAUGCCUUCGACUAA